CCUUGGUCACAAUAACAAGCCCGGCGCCGGGGCAACCGAGCGGCCAGCAGCGCCCAGGGUGUCCCCCGCCGCCUCCCGACAGCUCAGCUGCCCGUCUUGGCGCGGCAUCCUCCCUUCGCCAUCUCGCCCCGCGUCUCUUCUGCGCCCCCCUCGCCGGCAGCGGAAUACAGCGCUCGGGUGGGUUGGAGCUAACCCGGCCCGCAUGGAGCCCCCAGAGCGCGAGGCCGGCCCUCUCCUGCCGCCCAUCCAUGGCACCGCCAUGCCGCCGCCACCGGCCUCCAUUCCCUUUGUCCCUCCGUGGAGACCCAGGUCAGCGCGACCGGCGCCCCCGGUAGGCAGACUAAAGUGGGAUCCUUAUGAAACGACAAUGAGACACGAUUUUGUCUUUAAUCCUGCAACAGAUCCUGGUGCAGAUUGUGCCAGAGCAGGCAAAGGGCAUGUCAUUCCCUUUCAAGUAGAUGAGCCUACUGGAAGGAAUAACUACAGAGAUGAGUUCUGUUGGAAGCCUUAUUCCAAGGCUGAACCUAUAAGGGCUGGCUCUGCAAGGAGAAACAAUCCUCAGCCUGGAGAACGGUUCCUGAUUUGGCAAAUGCCUCGAGAGGAAACACCAAUAUCUAUAGAAAGUUAUUCACCUUGGACGAAACCUAUUAGUAAGCAAGAGAUCGAGGAUGUAUUAAAAAAACAGUAUAAAACAGCUUACGCAAGAGAUUAUUUAGGAAUACAACCAGGUGCUCCAAGAGAUGGUGCUCCUGCUCCUUCAGACUGGAAAAUGUUAGUCCCCAAGCCACCAGAUACUGAAUUCAGGCAUAAUUACCAGCCCCAAGCCAAUAAUCCAGAUUUAAGGGACUAUACUUGGAAAUACGGAUGUAAUGCGAAGCGCCAUAUUCCAGUGAAAGGCACUGUUCCUUCAGUAUCUUUUGCUCAGAUCUGGAAUCAUGAACAUACCAAACAUCUGACCACAUACCAAAGAGAUUUUGGGAAAGAUUAUAAUGAGAUCCUGUCUGUUUUGAAUUCUUUAGACCCAGAAGAAAUUAAAGCAUAUGUGGACAGAGCUCCUCAUCCAGGUGGCUGACUAGAUCCAGGUCUACUUAGUGACAGAAGCACACCAGGCAUCUUUGUUUCCUCCUAUUAAGUUUGAUGUGAUGGCCGAAUUAUCUGUGCUGUUUUGGUGACUAUAUACGAAGCCAGUGAGUUAUUUUCUCCACCUUCCCUCCCGCUUUGUAGGGUUUUUCUGGGACUUUCUCCCUGAAGGGUUACAGGGCAGUGCUCUUUCUCUUUUCCUUUGCUCUGUGAUGAUUGCCAUAUAUUCUUUUUUUCUUGAAAGAGGCUCUGUGCAUGGCAGAGAUUCAGCAGGCUCCAUUUUCCUCCAGAUGGAGCCGCAGUAACACAGGGAUAAGGGAACCUAUGGCACUCCAACUCCCAUCAGCUCCAGCCAGCAUGGCCAAUGUGCUAGGGAUUCUGGGAGUUGUAGUCCAGCAACACUGGGAGGGCCACUGGUUCCUCAUCCCUGCAGUAACAGGUGGAAAGCUGCACCUUUUGAAUUUCUGUUUCUCAUGCAGCCGCCAAAGGCACAGACCCUCUGUCAAGGAAAAACAACAUAUUCCUAGCCUAUUUUUUUAUUUUCCAGGUAUUUCCUAUAGGAAGCCCAGAAGGAUUUCCUCUGAAAAAUAUAG